GGAAAUAGAUUCAAAUGCCCGAAUCUGUUGGAAGAUGUAGUCUUUGAGUUGGUCAGGAAAAUGCAUGCACGCACUUAUUUGAUUUUCGGUUUGUGGAUUUGUCGAUUCAGUUAAUCUAAAACAGAAUUAGUCUAAAGCAAAGUUCAGUUCCAAAAACAAGUUUGUCACCAUGAAUGAUGAUUAUGUUUGUUUGCUGUAAUGGUUUUUUGGUUACAGGUAAAGCUUUUGGAAACAAUUUGACCACCUUUGCAAAACUGAACAAUUUGACCACCUUUGCAAAACUGAUCAACAAGAUUUGGAGCUAUUUAUGCAAGAUUUAUCAUUUAGUUUAGACAACGUAGCAACGACGGUCUUCAGCUUUGACAGGUAUUGAUAAACAUGAAAUUUCUUGUUAAGAUCACAUUAAUUUACUUCCUUCUGGCUAUGGCUGAAGCUAGAAUAUUGCGAAGAAACUGCGGUGAUUAUGCUGAUUUCAGUUACGUUCAAAACGAUCAAGCUCUUGUUGGGCAUCUCCUGGAGGCAUUUGUUGGUUUGCUGCCAAAACAAUGCGAAGAAGAAUGUAUCAACCACGUGCUCUGCAAGUCAGUAAACAUUGAAACAAGUGGAAAUAAAUCAUGUGAACUGAAUAGCAAAACGCCUGCCGAUGCAACUGACCAAGUGUCUCUUGCGCCGAGAAGUGGUUGGGUAUUCAAAUCAACUAAAUUUACGGAACGAUUGAUUGGACAUUUGUGCAAGAAGCGAAACCCAUGUGGGGGUACCCAACUAUGCAUUGACGUCUGUUAUCCUCCUGGCUACGUAUGCCAUGAGUGCAAGGAACUGAGUUCUGGGAUGGCCUGUCGAAGAGGCCCUUUAUUCAAAAACAUCGCUAAACAUAAGCCGGUUCAUCUAACAAGUGUCUACUACGCUAACGCAGGCCACGCUGUUGAUGGAUAUUUGCCAACAUACUACAGAAAUGACUAUGGUGUUUAUUUUUGCUGUGCUAGGCUCCGUUAUUCUGGUUGGUUGAGAGUUGAUUUUGGUGUGCCUGCGGAGGUGCACACAGUAGAGAUAUAUGGAAGAGGAGAUGAUCAUGAUCUAUCAUACCACAAGCAAUUACAAUUAAUUUUAGGAAACUCAGCUAGCCCCGAUAGCAACAGUCUGUUUCAGUCUGCCACUUUUGAACUGAACCGUCAUUUAAGGCCGAAAACGUUUAGUAUCAACCCACCUAUUCUUGUUAGAUAUUUAUUUAUAAAGUCAGCUAUUAGUUAUUUGACAAUCUGUGAAGUUAUAGUAAAAGGAUAUUUGCCGCUAUGAAGCUAUAAAUGUGAUAUAUGGAAGAAAGAUGUGGUGGCGCCAAAAUUUGGCACUAAAGGGUUCAAAACACCUGCAAGGGGGCUUUUAUUUUUCAAAGGGUAAAACUCAGUUGAAUCUUGAUAUAGCAAGGAUCCCAGAAAUUCUAUUAAAAGUUGAUAACUUCCACACAAGGGAGGAAAAGGGUUUAAUUGAUGUUAUAAAAUAUGGAAGCCCCCUUAGGGUCACCAAGUCAUCUCCUUGGCAUCACUUCUUCUUGACUGAAAAGCGAACGGUUGAUACUAUGGUUUCUUCACUAUCUUUUAAAAAAUAUAUGAAGAACCAAACGACGAAUUUUGAUUUGCCCUUAACGUUUCGCUCGAAAGAAGCAGAUAACCAAAAUCUCAUAAGGCCAGAAAAUGUAUUUUUUCACGUAUCUUUGCAUUCAGUAUGACACGAAAAAUGCUACAAAUAAGAAUGUGUCAUUUGGAAGAAAACAUCAAGAAAAACCAAGCAAAAUGCAACUUUUAAGAGAAUUAUGUUCACCCCAGUUUUUUUUAAAUUCGAUGAAACCCCACCAGAAAGAAACUGAAAUAUCUACUCAUUAGAAAGAUGACGUCAAUGUGUAGUAGUAUUUAAAGUCAUCUAUCUAAUUCAUCCUUUUUAAAGAAUACCAAAGAAGUUGGGUUGAUUUACUUUUAGCUUUGCAUGCCUUUUGUUUCAGCAUUAUUUCUUGUUUUCUAAUGCACCUACGUUCGUUGGUGUGACUUGAGAUAACAGUAGGGCUAAAGUAGAAAGCUAAACUAAACAGCCAAAUUGUCUGGUUAGUAAGUUUUUAAGAGGCCAGCAGAGCAAAUAGUCUAGUACCCUGGGUACCAGACUCACUUUAUGUAAAAUAACAGAUUUGUGUAGAAACCUAAACCUUCAUGUUUAAACGUUAGUUAACAACGUAUGGAUGAAAUCUAGAAUGGAGGACUGGGUCAAGUACCCCAAUCUGAAAAUAGCAAUUGGGGGCACUUUUCAGCUUAUGUCUCUUGAGCAUCAUUAUCAACGUGUAAAAUUAGCCCAUUGUACCCAUUUUUAUGCUGGUACAACAAUUUGCACAAUUCAAGUCAAAUACUGUGUUUAAGCCUAGAAUAUGAAGGUAAAACCCAAAUUCUAGAACUAGGUUCCAGUAGCCCAUUCUAAAAAUAGCACUAAGGGGUGAGAUUGUCAAUUACAUAUUUUCGUAUAACUUUUCAGUUUGUUGAUAGAAAGGAGAAAGCUACAUUUCAUAUUCAUAUAAAAGAGAGUAAUUAUUUAGAAAAGAAUCGGCCAAGUCUAAAAAUAGCGCUUGUGUCUUUUUGGCAUCGUUAUCAGCGUGUAAAAAUAAACCAGCAUACCCAUUUUCAUGCUGGUAUCACAAUUUGCACGAUUCAUGUUCUAACAGCCCAGACUAAAAAGGAAAUGACUUAAACUCAAAAAUUUUCUGGGGGAGCAUGCCCCUUGACCCCCCACUAGUAAACAAAAAUUCCACCACAAAAAGUAUUUGUUCAUUUUACUUUGUUACAUGCAUGUUUUCUAAAAGAAAAAAGUGUCUAAAAGAUCAAUAUUUCAUCUGGCGUCCUUAGGUUUCCCUCAAAGUACUAAAUGCCCGCAACAGUUCCCUAUUAUACCUAUGAAAAUAAAAUGAAUUAGCCAUUUUACUACAGCACGAUUUCUCUUGUAAUUUCCUCAAACGUAGCCUUUAUACGUUUUUGAGAGUCGGUCCAUUUCGUGUGUGUUAGUCAAACUUGUCUCGACACCCCCCUCCCCCCUCCAAAGAAAUAUGUUUGCCAUUUGCGCCCCUGUGGAGAUAAUAUAUCAUGGUAAAAGUCAAACCCUUGACAUACUAAGAUUUUUCUUUUGACCAUGGCUUUAUUGAGAAUCUUGUUUCACAUUAUGUUACAAUUUCCACAUCGCCAAAGUUUCAAUAUGAAAUUUAUGUGAGCGAGAAAGCAUAAAAUGUUUACUUGAAAAUGUUUUUAUUAGUAAAGAUUGACUAAAUUUCGAAUUUUUGUAAAACUAUAGAGCAUUUUAACUGUGACUGUGCAAUAACUGUAUUGAUAUUAGUACCCUGGAUGCUAGAGCCACAGUGAAGAAUCGGUCGGUGAAAGAGUGGGUAGUAAGACGAGAGGGCUCGGGCAUUUCUUUCACUGAGGCAUUGGUACCCAGAGUAUGUUGUCAGAAAUGUAUCGAUUUUAAAUGCUGUCAAUCCCCGUAUUGUUUACAGCACUAGGAGAGCCCUUCCAUUCAUUCAAAAAGAUUGCGUUCCUGCCACCCAAAAGAGCUCUAUUGUUUAUGAAUUUACGUGCCAGUGUGAUUCUGGCUCCGUAUUAUGCACAACCCAAAGAUUGGGGGAUAGGAUAGAACAACAUGUUCCUUUUAACAUAAGAAGCAAAACUGUCCCUCCAAGAGAACAGCCUCUUUGAUCUUAUAGGUUUAGAAACACCGUUAAAACAAGCAAUUCAGCAAACGGUCAUUAUUUUUUAGAUAACCCAUAAGUAAUCAUUUUUCACGUCUAGCACUAUGAAGAACAUGUAUUGUUGUAUUCUGAUUUGUAGAAUAUUAAUUAAUUAAUAUUUAUUCUACAAGCAAUGUAUUGUUACUCGAAUGACACGAUUUUAGUAUUUGUUUCUAAUUAGAAUUUGCUAACACAGAUGUAAAGCAUAGUUGCACUUAACGUUAAAAAACAAUUGACAAAUUAAAAUAUUUCUACGCUAGUAGAAAAUGGCAAGGAUUUUAUUGAAUUUUUAUCUUCAGGACUUAAUUUUGUUUCAUACAGAUUCAAAACCAAAUGAUGCUCAUUAAGGGCAUUUGACACAGGUAAAAGUGACUUACAGCCACUCGACCACGAGCAGUUGACCAAUCAAAUUGCACACAGAGAAAAACAGGUGAACAAUUUCCGUCUUUCUGCAAAUCGGUGAAAUCCUAAGAGCAGCGCACAGUGGUUUCACGUGAGCGGUUUUCAAUACCUUUCUUGUGCGCGUGCUCUGAUCAAAUUGGCCUAAGUUAUUUUUGGAUUCGCUGUACUUAUGCAUGUCAAAUAAUAUUAAUCAAACGGAAUGAGUGGUAAAAAGUUGCUUUGCUUCCAAUUUUCAAAAAUGGAAAGAGGCUCGGUAAGCGUAUCGUACUUGAAUGUCAAAAUAUCUCCUGCGCAUGCUUGUACCGCAGACCUCUUUCCGUUUCCCGUCAAUACCGUGAAGAGGAAAUUCACCUUAACAAUUCAGGUAAAUCAACGGUAGGGCAAACGCUCCACGUUGAAUUAAAUUUUUCAUUACAUUUUCAUUCAAUUUUUGAACAUUACCUGACAUUUGAAACUGUGAAAAGUGGCAAAAGAGGAAAGUA